CAAUGACGUGGAAACCACAGCUGAAUUGGGCGUGCGUGGCCAUUGCAGUUGUACACCUUGUCGCGGCACGUAUCAGCACACGCCUUCCCGAGGCCACAAUGAUAUGCAUCGAGAACUGUGGCCAGUGCAAAAUAAUGUACGGCGAGUACUUCGAUGGCGGCAAGUGCGCUGAGGAGUGCGUGAGUACCGUAGGCUACAUCCAGCCAGACUGCGACAUCGCCGACACCAUAAUCAAGUACUUGCGCCGAAAGCCAUGAAAAUGCCGGCUGCUUCCAAUUGCCGAA